UUCUUCUUCUUCUCCAAAAACUUUACAAAUCCAUCCCUUCCUUGCACGCCUUCACAAAAAUUUCACUCCAUUUCUCUCAGUUCCCAAUUUUCAUUCAUUCGCCGCCAUUAAUGGGGAACUGCUUUUCCUCAACCACUCCGAGGAGAGUCCCCGUUGAUACAAAAUUUUCACUUCCUUCUCCGCUCCCGGCGUGGCAUCCAGACGGCGGCGGAAGCGCCGGCGGAUUUGCUUCCGGCACCGUGGACCUUGGCGGAGGGCUGGAGGUCCGCCAGAUUUCGUCGUUCAACAGAAUUUGGGCCUCCCGUGAAGGCGGACCGGAGAAUCUCGGGGCCACAUUCUUUGAACCCAGUUCUCUUCCUGAAGGAUUCUUUAUCUUGGGUUAUUUCUGUCAAUCGAACAGUAAAGCUCUGUUCGGAUGGGUUCUCGCCGGGAAAAAUGGAGGCUCCGCCGGAGAACCAGCCCUGCAGCAGCCGGUGGACUAUACCCUCGUCUGGAGCAGCGAGUCGUCGAAAAUUAAACGAGACGGCAACGGCUAUAUCUGGUUGCCCGUACCGCCGGACGGAUACAGAGCCGUCGGCCACGUCGUCACAGCUUCGCCGGAGAAGCCCUCCGUCGAGAAAAUCCGGUGCGUCCGCUCAGACCUAACAGAGGAAUGCGAGAACGAGACAUGGAUUUGGGGGCCGACGAAAUCGAGAGAUGAAAAUGGAUUUAACGUUUACAGUUCCCGACCCAGAAACAGAGGAAUCACGGCGACCGGAGUUUCCGCCGGAGCAUUUAUAGCAAUGCCGGCUGCGAAUUCUCCGCCGCCAUUGUUCUGUUUGAAGAAUUCGAAUUCGAAUUCUGCAGCUAUGCCGGAUCUUUCCCAUGUCGCUUCUUUAUUUCAAGCUUAUGCUCCGAUUAUAUACUUCCACCCAAAAGAAAAGUACCUUCCGUCGUCGGUCAACUGGUUUUUCUCCGGCGGGGCUCUGCUUUACGACAAAUCCGACGAACAGAAUCCAAUCACGAUCGAACAAGAUGGAACAAACCUCCCUCAAGGCGGCCCAAACGACGGCAAUUUCUGGCUAAAUCUUCCCGCCGGCGAGGAAGAUAAAGAGAGAGUGAAAAAUGGGGAUUUACAGAACUCCAAAGUUUACCUCCACAUAAAGCCGAUGCUCGGAGGAACUUUCACCGACAUAGCGAUUUGGUUAUUCUUCCCAUUCAACGGGCCGGCGACGGCGAAAGUGGGGCCCAUCGACAUUCCAUUCAGCAAAAUCGGCCAACACAUCGGCGAUUGGGAGCACAUAACCUUACGGAUAAGCAAUUUCACCGGCGAGUUAUGGAGGGUCUACUUUGCCCAGCACAGUAAAGGCGUGUGGGUCGACGCGCCGUCGCUAGAGUUCGGGGAAGGCAACAAAGUGGUGGCCUACUCAUCGUUGAACGGCCACGCGUCGUACCCGUCGGCGGGGCUGGUGUUGCAGGGCGGCGGGGAGAUUGGACUUCGAAACGAGACUGCGAAGAGUCAAAUGGUGCUCGACGUUGGAGGGAACUACGCGGUGGUAGCGGCGGAGUAUUUGGCGACAGCAGUGACGGAGCCGCCGUGGUUGAACUACAGCCGAGAAUGGGGGCCGAGGAUUGAGUAUCCGAUCGCGGAGGAGAUCGAAAAAUUGGAGAAUUCGUUGCCGGGGAGGCUGAAGGAAGAAUUCGGAGAUUUUGUAAAGAGGUUACCCAAUGAAAUUCUUGGAGAAGAAGGCCCGACUGGACCUAAGAUGAAGAACAGUUGGAGCGGAGACGAACCCUGAUUCAAAAUUUUCAUCCACUUGUGGUAAGAAAAAUACUUAGUCCUGGAGUUAAAUAUUUUUCAUUUGGUAAAGGAAAAAAUUUGAUAGAAGUAAUUUUAUUUUCGUCACCGUUAAAUGUUUGACAACAACUAAUUUGACGGGAAUGAUGACAAGCUUUAAAUUUUUUUCUUUUGUAAAAUGUAUUUCCCUUCAAUUAUCUUUUUAAUUUUUAUCUAGUCCUUAUCAUUUUAAUAAAUCUAUCAAAAUGCUUGUAAUAUUAUAUGUUAAGUGACACGUUUUUGUAAGUGUGAGUGGUGUGAUAGCUAGAUUGGUGUUUGAAGAAAAUUAGUUAACCUAAUGGUGUUUUUUCUUUUA